CGGGCGGCUCCGGGCGCCGCGCGCACACACCGGGCCGGCUCCCGAGGGCUCCAGCGCGGCCCCGGGGAGCGCGAGCGGGGAGCGCGCGGCCUGCGGUCAGCGGCCCAGCGGCCGGAAAGAUGGUGUCCUGGAUGAUCUCCCGAGCCGUGGUACUGGUGUUUGGAAUGCUCUACCCGGCAUACUAUUCAUACAAAGCUGUGAAGACGAAAAAUGUCAAGGAAUAUGUUCGCUGGAUGAUGUACUGGAUCGUCUUUGCCCUCUAUACUGUGAUUGAAACGGUGGCUGAUCAGACACUUGUAUGGUUUCCCCUGUACUACGAGCUGAAGAUUGCUUUUGUCAUUUGGCUGCUGUCGCCUUAUACCAGAGGGGCGAGUUUAAUAUAUAGAAAGUUCCUUCAUCCACUUCUCUCUUCAAAGGAAAGGGAAAUUGAUGAUUAUAUUGUCCAAGCAAAGGAAAAAGGCUAUGAGACAAUGGUGAACUUCGGACGGCAAGGUUUGAAUUUAGCAGCCACAGCUGCUGUCACAGCAGCAGUGAAAAGCCAGGGAGCCAUAACGGAGCGUUUGCGAAGCUUCAGCAUGCAUGAUUUGACAGCUAUCCAAGGUGAUGAGCCUGUGGGACAGAGACCCUACCAGACUUUGCCAGAAGCAAAGAGGAAAAGCAAACCAGCCAGUGAGUCAGCAGCCUACGGAGUUCCCCUGAAAGAUGGGAACGAGCAAACGGAUGAAGAAGCAGAGGGGCCGUUCUCAGAUGAUGAGAUGGUGACUCACAAGGGACUACGACGAACCCAGAGCAUGAAGUCUGUCAAGACCGUCAAAGGCCGGAAGGAGGUGCGGUAUGGCUCACUAAAAUACAAAGUGAAGAAGAGACCACAGGUGUAUUUCUAGUGUCUACACCUCACCUAUCUCAAGACAAAUAAUCCUAGCAGAUCAGCUUCAUUUUCUAACUCGAUGUGUUCAGGACUUAACACUUUAAAUCUUCCCAUUGUGGCAAUGACAGGAUUUACAUUAAUAACUUUAAAUAGUUCGUGUUUCUUUAACGAUGACUUUUAGAUAUGAACUGCUAAAUGUAGUUAUGUGAGGUUUAUUAAUGUACACGUAUAGACAGUGGUUACAGAAAAUCAUGUUAUCUUAUGUCUUCAACAGCAUUGAGUGUCUGCGAUCUGAGGAUAAAACAUAGACCCAGGGUAUACUUGAAAAGUCUCUGUUUCAGGGUGCACCUUGCCCUUCUGGUGUCGCAUUUGUUUACGCCCAUCCGUGCCACCCGCAUCUGUCACAAGAGAGUAGUGACAGCCACUGAGCAGCCAGUGUUGUGACAAAGACAUACUCUGUAAAGUGGUGACAUGUCCUUUACAUAAGCCUUGGAAGCUUUCCACCAUGAGCUAAAAGUUUUUGAAACAGAUAUUUGAAAACCAGGUGUCCACAUAGCACUUUCCUGGCUGGUUUUGCACACUUGGAAAUUGUUUACUUAUUUUGCACCUGUACAUUUACUUUAGAUUUUAUUGAUGCUGUCUUUUUUGUUGUCUGUGAUACUCUGACGUGUCAAAACUAUGCCUUGAAGUGCAUCAUCUCCCUUUCCCGUGUCCUUGUACCAUUUAUUAAAUUCACUUGAUUUGUAGUAGGGACACAUGGCUGAGUUAAAUUUGUACUUUUUGUUUGCUUUUUGAGAUGAGGUCUCUUGUAGCCCAAGGGUGGUCUUGAACUCCUGAUCGUCUUCCUUCCGGCUUCCACCUCACAGUUGCUGGGAUAACACCUGACUAACCAUUUUUUAAUUAUAUUCUUUACAAAUAAGAAGUUAUUAACGUCAACUAAUUUCUACAGUUGAAUUUGAUGUGUGUAGAAAACAGUCAAGACCAGUGUAGCACUUAGUUUUUUCUCCGUUUGUUUUUGGUUGUUUUGGGGGGGAUUAGAGACAGGGUUUCUUUGUGUAGCCUUGGUUGUCCUGUAACUCGCUCUGUAAACCAUGCUAGCUUGGAACUCACAGAGAUCCACCUGACUCUGCCUCCCAAGUGCUGGGAUUAAAGGCUCAUGCCCACCACUGCCCGACUGCGCUUUUCUGACUCAUGAAAUUGCCCAAUGACCACACCCCAUUCUCAAGCUUGGCAGAGGCAGAUGCUGGCUUACGGACCUGGCAGUGACUAAAAUCAUUUGAAUCUUUUUCUUUUAUUCCCUGAAGCUGAGUGUCAAACAUAGUUGAUGCUAUAUGGCACAGGAUCCCAGAAAUAGACCUCCUUUCUAAUCUAAGAGAUUUAGAGGGGUUGAACUCAGAGUCUCUUCUCAGCUUGCCCUACUGACUGCAUUCGUGUGUAUUUGAGUUGAUGGAUAACCAAAAUCUCAAUAAUCAAACAAUGUUUACUUGGGGGUGUAUGAGUGUCAUUCAUGCAUGACCUGUUGAUGCCACUCUGAAUAUUUCCUAAACUGACUCACAUUCUUAACGUGUAACACCAAGUGAAAAUUCAGUUUUUUCCCAAAUUUAAUCUUACAUCUCCAUCUGCUUUGCUUUGACUCACAGCCUCAUUGUUAGUCGAAGGAUUCUCUAACUUCUAUUCAAUCAUCUAUAAAAUCACAUAAUAAAUUACUGGAAAGAGUGUUAUUUAUUUUUCCUGGACGUGUCCUGCUCUGUACAAAUGCCAUGCUGCAUGCUUGGUUUCCCGGGCAGAGGCAGUGUGGCCUGAUAAGGCAAUUGGAUAAGUAAGUUACUCUGUCUCCACGGGGACUGGUUGGCACCAUUUUAUCUUUUAGAAGUCCAGUCUCAGUAUUAAACCUGCCCUUUGGAGCUGAUAGACAGACACCAUGCUUGACAUAGGCAAGUUCAAUCUGAGAAUCAAA